AAUUGCAUUAGCAACAUUGGGCAGUAGAAAAUGGCCGGAACCAUGCGGGGCUAAACUAGCUAAUCGUUGCACCAUCAGCAACAGUGUAGUCCCCGCAUUUGUGCAAUCCGUUGCAGCAUUAGCAACAGUUGUGCGCUUUGCACCUUUGCUACGCCACGUUGCAGUAACCGGCCCAGUCUACCGCUAAUCCGUAGUGGCGAAGUGCACCCGCUUAGGAUAAAUUCACGCUGUGUACGUGCGGACUAGAUGUUUCGCCGAAAGCCACCUCUUCCGACGAGACCGACUCCGCCUACGUUCGAAGCAAUACAGGAGGACUUAAACAAUGCAUCCGAAGACGUCGUGUUUACGCUUCUGCCGGACGGCAGCAACCUGGAUGCGGCCAGCGAUGGUGCUGUUGCCUCCACCGACGACAGCGACGGCCAUAUGACGGCCGACGCUGCUUUUCUGAAAGUGAAACAUUUUAUGGAAAUGAGCGACAAGAUUGCUGGCCUUGCCGAAGUACUGCAGAAGAAAACAGAGCACCUCAAGACGGUGAGAGACGAUUUGCACAACGAGAUUGAGAGGGUAAAAAACUCUUUACAAAAUGUAAAACCUUAGUUUUUGUUAUUGCUAUUGUCAUUACAUCAGUUCGGCAUUGUUUUCUUGUCUUCGUCUACAUGUGCUGCCGCGCGUCGCAAUUGUGCCGCCAAGUUCAGGCGAUGUAAUAAAUGUUCUAAAACUCAA